CCCUCCCUCUCGCGAACGCGCACGGGGGGCCGGCGGAGGCGCGCUUUUCCGUCGACGCUGAGAGAGAGCGGCGAGCGAAACUUUAAAGAUUUUAACACUUUCCCGAGGAUCCUGCUACCUUUGUGUCUCCCUCCUUGUAUCGCUCUCUCUCUCUCUCCCCCCCUCUCUUUCUCCGGGUCUCCUUGCUGCAGUGACCCUCUCCCCUGCUCGCUUGUCUGUCUGUCUGUCUGUGUGCGUGUGAGUCAUGGCAGAUAUCAGCGACUUGGACAGACAGAUUGAGCAGCUCAGAAGGUGUGAACUGAUCAAGGAGAACGAAGUGAAAGCCCUCUGUGCUAAAGCCAGAGAGAUCCUAGUUGAAGAAAGCAAUGUUCAGAGGGUUGAUUCUCCAGUAACAGUAUGUGGGGAUAUCCAUGGACAGUUUUAUGACCUCAAAGAACUUUUCAGAGUCGGGGGCGAUGUUCCAGAAACAAAUUACCUCUUCAUGGGCGACUUUGUGGACCGAGGGUUCUACAGCGUCGAGACAUUCCUUCUGCUCCUCGCACUCAAGGUGCGCUAUCCCGACAGGAUCACCCUGAUCCGAGGGAACCACGAGUCCCGGCAGAUCACUCAGGUGUACGGCUUCUACGACGAGUGCCUGAGGAAGUACGGGUCCGUGACGGUGUGGAGAUACUGCACCGAGAUCUUCGACUACCUCAGCCUCUCCGCCAUCAUCGACGGCAAGAUAUUCUGUGUACACGGAGGCCUCUCUCCAUCUAUUCAGACUCUAGACCAGAUCAGAACGAUAGACAGGAAACAGGAAGUGCCGCACGACGGGCCAAUGUGUGACCUGCUGUGGUCCGACCCGGAAGAUACCACAGGCUGGGGGGUGAGUCCGCGGGGGGCCGGCUAUCUCUUCGGCAGCGAUGUUGUUGCUCAGUUCAAUGCUGCCAACGACAUCGACAUGAUCUGCAGAGCCCACCAGCUGGUGAUGGAGGGGUACAAGUGGCACUUCAACGAGACGGUGCUGACAGUGUGGUCCGCCCCCAACUACUGCUACAGGUGUGGUAACGUGGCAGCGAUUCUGGAGCUGGACGAGCACCUGCAGAAAGAGUUCAUCAUCUUUGAGGCAGCACCACAGGAGACCAGGGGCAUCCCCUCCAAGAAACCGGUCGCUGACUACUUCCUGUGAACCCUGGCCCCUUACUGCCUGCCUGUACACUUCCUUCAACAGACAGGAGCAACUCCCUCUCUCUGUCUCGCACUCUCUCGCUUUCUGUCUCUGUCUCACACUCUCACUCUCUGUCCUCUCAAAAUCCUUACACUCACAAAGCAAGUGUUUUAACUAAGGUUACAGAAACCACAAUCCAGCCUGCCUGUCUCUACGCGUUUAAGUCAGAAGGAAUUACUGUCUCUCAGUCUUGCUCUCGCUCUCGCUCUCUCUCUCUCUCUCUCUCUCUCUCUCUCUCUCUCUCUCUCUCUCUCUCUUCCUCUCUCUUCAAAUCUGCACACAGCACGCUCAAUACCAUCAGUGAUGGAAGCUAGACUCCUGUUGCAUAGUAGAGACUGUCUGGUCCUCAUUCAGACUCUUUCACUGUCUUUUAUGCGUCGUACUGAACCGUUGUAUUGGAAUACAUUGGAAUACAGUGUGUUGAAGUAGAUAUCAAAUUUGAAGCAAAGAAUUAUAAAGAUGCCUAUACAGGGGGUGGUAACAAGACUCCUAUUGCACAGCAGGGUUUGCUACCAACUUGAUCAGCCCCCAGUGUGUCUAGGUAACAAGCUCAGGUGUGUCUUCUUAUUAAACUCCUAGUGAAACCAGGACUGGAUCACACUGCUAUGCAAGGGGAGUGAUGACCAGAAUAAUUGCAGAAAUAAGUCCUGUUGCAUAGCAAUGUAUAUAUAAAGUGUGUGAGAGUGUAGUUUCCAAUACCUGUGUAUUGACAUGACUGUCUUUAAAACUGAAAGUUUGGGGACCCCCUUUCCUGUUGGAGACCUCUAGGGCAGGGGUCUCCCACCUGGUCAGCUACUGUGGCUGCUGGUUUUUUGUUUCAAUGAUUAAUUGAACCAAUUAUUGGCUUAAUUAGUCAAGAUUAACAGGUGUUGCAGAUCUGUAGCCACUGAUGAUGCAAAGACAACUAGAAAACCUGCUGCAGAGAGGCUCGGAGACCCCUGCUCUAGGGGCUGACGGCUGCAUCGCGGCUCUUGUGAGAGGGAAUGAAGAGGCUGUCUGCACUGUUUUUAUUCAGGAUCUUAUGAACUCUUUCCUUGUACCUGUGGUGUAAAACACAGGCUGUAAAAUUGAUACAAACCCUCCUUGUUCUUUUAUAAUAAAUACAUUACUUGCUGUA